GUUUCGGAUCCUGUUCGGAUAUAGGUGAGCUGUUGUUGGCUGUGUGACAUGUCAGCUCGUUAAUUCCUUCCUCCCCUACAUGUGGGUGUCUUUAAAUGUAGCUAUUGCCAGUCUGUCUGUCCCAGUUCGUCCAGUCGUCUACCCAGAAGGAAUAAGUCGAGGAGGAAUACGGAAUACGCAACUUGUGUACCCUCCCGGACACAACAACAGGUUAUAAGCAGCACUGCACAAUGGAAGCCGUAGCGAAGCACGAUUUUAGUGCCACUGCAGAAGAUGAACUAAGUUUCAAGCGCGGACAAAUACUGAAGGUUUUAAAUGAAGAAUAUGACCAAAACUGGUACAAGGCCGAGGCGAACGGAAGAGAGGGCAUCAUCCCCAAGAAUUACGUUGAAAUGAAGCCACAUCCGUGGUUUUAUGGAAAGAUCCGGCGGGCAAGGGCCGAGGAGAUGCUCAACAAACAGCACCAGGACGGGGCCUUCCUCAUCACAGAGAGCGAAAGUACAGCAGGGGACUUUUCCCUUUCCGUAAAGUUUGGCAAUGACGUGCAGCACUUCAAAGUCUUACGGGAUGGUGCAGGGAAGUUUUUCCUGUGGGUGGUCAAAUUCAACUCGCUUAACCAGCUGGUGGAAUACCACCGCACCAGCUCCGUAUCAAGGACUAAGACUAUCUACCUCAAAGACAUGGAGCAGGUCCCACAGGAGGACGGCGAGCUAAGCUUCCGCCGCGGUGCUUUUAUCCAAGUGUUGGACAACUCCGACCCCAACUGGUGGAAAGGAGCGUACCACGGGCAGACGGGAAUGUUCCCACGCAAUUAUGUCACACCUGUCAAUCAGAACAUGUAAUAA